AUGCAAGUUUCUUGUAGGACCAAAAAUGUGAAUAAGUAUUAUAAAGUAAUCGGUGAAGUUGGAUCUGGUACUUAUGGUAAGGUGUAUAAAGCAAGAUGCUUAAAAACCAAUGAUUUUGUGGCUUUAAAGAAAAUUGAUACUAAAGAUUAGAAAAUAAUGGCUGAAGGUAUAAUAAUUGAACAUUUAAUUAAGGAUUUCCCAUUACUGCUAUAAGAGAGAUCAAAUUAUUGAAAAUAAUGAAUCAUAAAAAUAUUUUAAGAUUAAGAGAGAUAAUAAUAAGCAAAGCCUCUUUUAGAAAUAAUUUUAGAGGAUCCACUUUUUUAGUAUUUGACUAUUAUGAUCAUGAUUUUGCUGGUCUUCAUAGAUAAAGAAAUAUCUUUACAUUACCACAAAUAAAAUGCAUUUUUCAAUAACUUUUAGAGGGAGUUAAAUAUCUUCAUGAAAGUAAAAUUAUUCAUAGAGAUUUGAAAUGUGCUAAUAUUCUAAUGAAUAAUAAAGGAUAAGUGACUCUGGCUGAUUUCGGUUUAGCCAGAACCUUAUCAAAUGUGAAUAAUCCAAAAUAUACUUACAAAGUAGUAACUUUAUGGUAUAGAGCCCCUGAAUUGCUUUUAGGAUAAACUAAUUAUAAUACUUAAAUUGAUAUGUGGAGUCUAGGGUGUAUAUUUGCUGAAUUAAUUACAGGAGAGGUUCUAUUCAAAGGAGAUAUUGAAUUUAGAUAAAUGGAAAGGAUAUAUGAAUUGUGUGGGAGUGCUUCUGAAUUAAAUUGGCCUAAUUGUGUUAAAUUGAGAUAAUGGGAAGAAUUUAAACCCAGAAGAAAUUAUGAAAGAUUAUUGAUCAAACAUAUUAAAGAUGUUUGUUAAGCUUAAAAUAAAUAAAUUGAUUAAGUGACUUUAGAUCUAAUAGAUCAUUUAUUAAUAUUAGAUCCAGAGAAAAGGUUAAAUGCAGUGUAAGCUUUGAAUCAUGAUUUCUUCAAGCAAGAACCAAAACCUUGUUAACUUAGUGAAAUGCCUUAAUUUGAAAAAGAAUUCCAUGAAACAUUGUUAAAAAAUGAAAUGAGGUUACAAUAACAAAGACUUGAAAGACAAUAAAUUAGACCAUAAUCAACUACAACAUAGAAAUUUUAAAAGGUUAUGCGAGAUGAGAGAAAUAAAUCUAAGCCUUAAUAAUAAUCUCCAUCCAGAAAUAAACAAGAACUAGAUUUUGAAGAUAUAUUAAAACUUGAACUUGCAGAAGAAAAGAAAAAAGUAAAAUUAAAUUGA